AUGGUCUUGGCGUCACGUGAGGCGGAGUUGAUGCGAUGGAAAGUAGAAAAGAGGAAGAAAGUAGCGGAAAGUCGAUGUGAGAGAGAGAGAGAGGAACAAACAGGAGAGAAGACGAGACGCUUUAAAGAGCGCGCGAGAGAUGAGGAAUAUGCAAGGGCGAAGACGGAGAGAUACGAGCAAAGCGCAAAGAAAAAGCUGCGCCCUGCAAAUGAUGACUAA